GGUCUCGUUCUCACUGUCCCAUGGUGGUUUGACACAGCUCGAGCAUGGAGGUGUGUGUGUGUGAAGAAUGUAAUGUUGAUGCACAGACUGAAUAGACACAUAUAUCCUAGAGAAGAAACGGGGUCAGCGGCAGGAAAAAGGAGGACACCUCUAAGUCAUAUCUUCGACUCUCGCCCUCCUCCGGUGACUCCCAUGUCUCUCCCCGGGGUGGGUCUAACCCAAAAAAUCCGCCAUCCAACAAUGGGCUGUGAGAGAUCGGCUCAACUCAGAGAAUCCUCUUGCAGCUGUUCAGAGAGCCGAGGAUAGGACCAAGACAUCGGACCGAGUCAAUGAGGGUGGCUUGUCCGCUUUUGUCCUGCGUCUCUCGGCCCGGUGUCUGGCAGCCAGCGGCGCACUGCGCGUAAAUGCGGUCAGAGUAGAGAAGACAGGCCUCCGCUGAACACUUUAAAUGUUGAAAUUCAGUCUCUGGCAGCCAUCGUGGUAGUGAAUCGAUUUCCUUAUAGUUCCGCUGAGCGGAUGGAGUGAAUUGAGCAAAAGGGGGGAGAGAUAGACUGCAGCUUGGUUGCGUGUGAUGAUAGGAGACACAAUGACGCUCUUGUCUCUUCUGGGUCGGAUCAUGCGCUAUUUUCUCCUCAGGCCUGAGACAUUGUUUCUGUUGUGCAUAAGCCUGGCGCUGUGGAGUUAUUUCUUUCACACUGACGAGGUGAAAACCAUCGUCAAGUCCAGUCGGGAUGCCGUGAAGAUGGUGAAGGGGAAAGUGGCGGAGAUGAUGCAGAAUGACCGGCUGGGAGGCCUCAGUGUCCUGGACGCAGAGUUCUCCAAGACCUGGGAGUUCAAGAAUAACAACGUAGCUGUGUACUCCAUACAGGGGAGGCGAGACCACAUGGAGGACCGGUUCGAGGUGCUCACCGACAUCACCAACAAGAGCCAUCCGUCCAUAUUCGGGAUAUUUGACGGUCACGGUGGAGAGGCUGCAGCUGACUAUGUGAAGGCCCACCUGCCAGAAACCCUGAGGCAGCAGCUGCAGUCCUUUGAGAGAGAGAAGAGAGAGAGCGCUCUCUCUUACGCCAACAUCCUCGAGCAGCGCAUCCUGACUGUGGAUCGUGAGAUGCUGGACAAGCUCUCUGCCAACCAUGAUGAAGCAGGAACUACAUGCCUAGUAGCGCUGCUGUCGGACAGAGAACUCACAGUGGCUAACGUCGGAGACUCUCGUGGUGUGUUGUGUGACAAAGAUGGGAACGCUGUUGCACUAUCACAUGACCACAAGCCGUACCAGCUCAAAGAGCGCAAGAGGAUCAAGAGGGCAGGAGGUUUCAUCAGUUUUAAUGGAUCCUGGAGAGUCCAGGGAAUCCUGGCUAUGUCCCGCUCUUUAGGGGAUUACCCACUGAAGAACCUCAACGUAGUCAUCCCCGACCCUGAUAUCAUGACCUUUGACCUGGACAAACUACAGCCAGAGUUCAUGAUCCUGGCGUCAGAUGGCCUGUGGGACGCUUUCAGCAAUGAGGAGGCCGUCCGGUUUGUCCGCGAGCGUCUGGACGAGCCUCACUUCGGCGCCAAGAGCAUCGUCCUCCAGUCUUUCUACCGCGGCUGCCCCGACAACAUCACCGUCAUGGUGGUGAAGUUCAAAAGUGGGGCUGGGGGUAGUAGCAAGGCCGGGUAGUAGGUGAGGGUCAAGUUUAGAGCUCACAUUGUGAUCAAUAUUUUCUAUGAUUUUACCCAUCUUCUGGAUGGAGACGCAAGUGUAAUAUCACAGGAGUGACUGGAGGAAGUUAAAGUAUGGACACUGAGAAUGGUACUUUUGACAGGUUCACACACAUACAGACA